UCAAAGCUGCGAGUUAAACAUGGUCGCUCAGGCACUCUUCGCUUUCAUCGUCGGGCUCCUCGGAGUCCGUUACUGCGCUGGUUCUGUCGAAGUUAUUCCACGACGGCCAUGCGGAAUGAACGAGGUUUCUUCUGAUUCAUGCAACAUCCCGGAAAAAUCCUGUGCGGACCAGAACUCGGUGCCCCCCAGACCCACUGGUUUAGUUCCUCCUUGCAUCUGCAGGCCGGGUUACGUGCGAAACUCCAUAGGAGAGUGUAUCUCGGCCUCAGACUGCAACAAGUGCAGGGCAUCCGAUGACUUCUCGGAAUACCAGGAGUGCGGCACCGCAUGCCCCUUGAUAUGCGGGAAGCCCGUGCAUGAAGCGUGCAUUCGGAUGUGUGUCUCUGGCUGCUUCUGCUCGCCGGGUUACAUAAGAACCAGCAAGGUCGGCCCCUGCGUUCCAAUUGACACCUGUCCCCCAGAAUGCGGGCCUUACGCUCAUUACACAACGUGCGCUUCCAACUGUCCAGCAGUCUGCGGCGAGGAGCCUGUGGUUUGCAGUCAAGACUGCUUACUGCAGCGAGGGGGCUGCGACUGCGACGAGGGCUACAUUCUCAGUCCGGACCGGUCUCGAUGCAUCUCUGACGAAGAAUGCAGAUGCUUGCGGCCUCGACACUGUGUGUUACAGCAACGGAAACAGAUGGCUGCAGAGAAACAACAAACGUUGAAACUGGGUGUUACAGCAAAGGGAAGCGGUUGGGUACAGAGAAACAAAGAGAAGUGUCGCUAUUGCCUCAGAGAAGACAUGCUAGUCCCGGCACUACUUCUUGCGGCGCCUGCUCUUGUAGGAAUCUUGGGUCUGGACGUCCAUGCGGCCCUUGGGCCAACACUCCUGUGCGGCGUGAACGAAGAACCCGGGAAUUCCUGUUUCUACCCCGAACAGUACUGCCAGAGAUCAGAAGAUAUGAUACCCACAUUGGAGACACGGACGUGCCGCCUCUGCGUCUGCAAGAACGGAUACUUGCGAAACAGCAUAGGCGAAUGCGUUUCUCAAGCUGACUGCAAUAGGUGCAGGUCACAGAGCAACAAAGAAUUCUUGUUAUGCGGCUCUGCGUGCCCGCUCGUUUGUGGACGACCUGUGCCCCAAAGUUGCACGGAACAAUGCGUGUCUGGCUGUUUCUGCAGACCUGGAUACAUCAGUGAUCUGAGGAGCGGCCUGUGCAAGCGCGUCCAGGACUGCCCACCACAGUGCGGUGACAAAGAGAGAUUCAGCAUGUGUCCUUCAAGCUGCCCCAAUUAUUGCAAUGCAACGGCUCCAGACGGCUGCGUCGACCGUUGCGACCGCCCUGGCUGCGUCUGCGACUACGGCUACUUAAGGAAUCGUGUCGAGAACCGAUGUGUUCCCAGAGACAGAUGCCCCCUCAACAACAAGCCCCCGCCAUGUUGUGGAAAGAACGAAGUAUAUCUGGCAGACGGAGGCACUGCGUGCCCUCCUGUGUGCGACGAGCCUUUUCCGAGAUACUGCACAGCGAUCGCUGUCAUAGGCUGCUUUUGCAGAAAUGGUUAUAUUCGGUAA